UUAGCUCUUGCAUAAUGUAUGUUUAAGUAAAUACAUGUAGUACGUGUUAGAAAAACUACUAGUGCGUUCCUGUAGUGGAUGGUAAUUAAUACCAACGGAGUUAUCUUCCCUAUGAAAUAAAUAACCCAUGUAAACAAUGACACCAUGACAACACGAUGCGGUGCAUGCGCAAAUUACCACGGAAGAGCUUAUAAUCAUGUGUUUAUAAAAACAUAACAGUAAAUUUACCGCUCGUCAUUCUAGUUAGUUCCCCCUCUCAGUUUUUGUCGGAUUUCUAAAUAAAUCAUGCCACAUUUAAAAGACGCCAAAACCAAGCAGCCACCAUGGAAAGAAGCGGAUUAUUUAGCGAAGAAACGAGGUGUUCGACAUACUGUGUAUUCUGUGAAUGGAGACGAAUAUACAGGAGAAUGGCAAGAAAAUAGACGAGAGGGAAAGGGAACUUAUAAAUGGAAAACAAAUGGUGCUAUAUAUGAUGGAGACUGGAAGAAAGGGAAACGGGGUGGAUUUGGUACAUACAGUCUUCCAGAUGGAAAAGGAAGUUUUAAGAAGGAAUAUUCUGGUGGAUGGAAGAAUGAUAUGCGACAUGGUUACGGAACACGGUUUUAUUCACCCGAUGAUUAUUACGAAGGUGAAUGGUACGCUGAUAAACGAUGUGGUUGGGGUAGGAUGUAUUACGCUGAUGGUACCAUAUACGAGGGAGAAUGGUUCGAUGAUGAGAGAAACGGAGAGGGCAUGAUUAGAUACACCAAUGAAAAUCGAUAUGAAGGAUCAUGGAAGAAUGACAAGAAAAAUGGACCAGGAAAAUAUUUCUUUUUAACAACCGGUCAGCUCCAUGAGGGUGUAUGGGUUGAUGAUAUACCAAAAUGUGGUACAAUGAAAGAUUUUAAUAGAGAGAGUGCUCCAGAACCUACACAAUAUCCUAUCCCAGAGAACAAGCUAGCCGACCUGGAGGGAGUUUUAACAGAAGCAGAAGAUAGAUUUUUACCUGAACAAGAUUGAAACCAGUGAUAGAUAUAGUAAGAUAACCACACUCGUGACACGAAUAUUAAAAUAUUCCUGUGAACGGGAAAUGAAAAGAAUUGGACUACAUGUAAUUGCAAACUUUCAGUGUUUUGUGAAAUAUUGGGGAAAUCGUAUUAGGGCCCUCUCAUCAUAUUUGGUCAUAAUCUUGUGAUGGGGAAAUGAAAAGAAUUGGACUACAUAUAAUUGGAAACUUUCAGUGUUUUUUGAAAUAUUGAGGAAAACAUAACUUUUCGUAUGAUACAAUAUAUUAGAGCCCUAUCGUCAUAUUUGGUCAUCAGUUUGAGUGUCUGAAGAAUACACCCACAUGUCAGUUUAUUGAGGCCCCAUAAACUUGGAAUUUCAAAGAGUUUAGCAAUAGAUAAAUUUAAAUUUAUAAAUUUUAGGAAUAACGCACUGAAUAAAAUAUCUAAAAAAUUUGGAUACUGCUAAAAAUUAUUAAAUUCUUUGGAGAUAAAUAUCUUGUUAUUUCGAAGGUAAACAAACUAAUAUGUCAUAACCAGAACCACUGGUCAAAUUCCAAAAACAGAACCACUAGCCAAAUUCCAAAACCCAAACCACUGGUCAAAUUCCAAAACCUGAACCACUGGUCAAAUUCCAAAACCCAAACCACUGGUCAAAUUCCGAAAGGAAAGCCUAACUAUUAUAAUAUUUCAUCCUACAGGUAAAGUAUUAUAAUAUUUUAGCAUUCAUCAUUUGAUAUAACAGCAUUAUGUUAAUUAUAAAUCAUGAAAGAAAUCUUUAUAUAGGCCUAUAUAUAUUUUCUGAAUUUUAUGGCAGCAUUAGAAGACAUGAAGGAUAAGUUUAUAUAACUAUAUUUCUUCUGAAUUUUAUCUCGGCAUUGUGUUGCUAUAACUAGUUUAUCUCAGCAUUAUGUUGCUAUAACUAUUUUAUCUCAGCAUUAUGUUGCUAUAACUAGUUUAACUCAGCAUUAUGUUGCUAUAACUAGUUUAACUCAGCAUUAUGUUGCUAUAACUAUUUUAACUCAGCUUUAUGUUGCUAUAACUAUUUUAACUCCGCAUUAUGUUGCUAUAACUAGUUUAACUCAGCAUUAUGUUGCUAUAACUAGUUUAACUAAGCAUUAUGUUGCUAUAACUAGUUUAAAUCAGCAUUAUGUUGCUAUAACUAGUUUAACUCAGCAUUAUGUUGCUAUAACUAGUUUAACUCAGCAUUAUGUUGCUAUAACUAGUUUAAAUCAGCAUUAUGUUGCUAUAACUAUUUUAACUCAGCAUUAUGUUGAUAUAACUAGUUUAACUCAGCAUUAGGUUUUUAUAACUUGUUUAACUCAGCAUUUUUUAAAUUCAAAAUGUCAAAAUAUUUAUUGUUGUUUUAAUAAAUGUUUUAUUUGUCAAAUGAAAUCCUGUCAAAAUGAUUUGUACUGUUUGCAGUUAUAUUUUAUAUUCGUCAAAUUAUAUUUUAAUAAUUGAGGCCUUAUUUAAGAAAAUGUCAACUAAAAUGUUUUUUUUUAAGAAUUCCACCUUUUUAUUGGAUAUAAAAAGUUGAAAUUUGUACAAGUUUUUUUUUUUUCACCCCAAUCUGAUUAAAACACAGAUCUAUAUUUCGUUUAUUUUUUUUUAAACUUUCGAUGGCCUCGAAAGACAAGUAAAACAAAAUUUUGAACUAUAAAAAACGAAAGGAAAUAGGAUCUGUGUUUUAGUCAGAUUGGGGUUAACUCCAGCCAAUGAAAAAGGAAGCAGCUUUUAAAUAUACUAUUCAAAAAAAGUAGGGGAUAUUUGAUUUUGGGGGCAUAAUACUAAAAUAUGCAAAUGACUACGAAAAAAGUCACUAUAGAACCUAACAGAAGAAACAUUUCCAGUUACAUGUGACGCCCAAACGCACCAAUAGCUACCGCAUGGAAUGCAGGUGAUGCUUGGGAUCAUCAUGGGGGUCCAACCCAAGAUUUGCACGACUCUGACUUUGAAUGUUACAGUCAUUGUGGCAUUGAAUUCCAGGGUGGAAACAUCAGUUUAAUUGUUUUAGUGACCAGAAAAC